GGGGAAAAAAUAUCCUUAUAUUGCAAACAAAAAAUCCACCCCACGGGCAAAAGUCGCCGGCGUCACAUUUCGGUGGGAGAGAAGGUUUUGUGACAGCUCGGGGUGGAGGAGGGAGGUUGAGUGGAUUCUCCCUCCCUCCUCUCUCACUCCACACAUAUACCAUGGCAGAGAUGGAGAAGGAGGGCAGACCGCCGGAAAACAAGAGAAGCAGAAAGCCGGCUCACCCCGUCAAGAGGGAAAUAAACGAGGAGAUGAAGAAUUUUGCAGAAAACACCAUGAACGAACUCCUUGGCUGGUACGGAUAUGAUAAAGUGGAAUUAAAGGAAGGAGAAGAUAUUGAAAUUAAGAACUACCCUGUGGAUGUUGAGGGCCGCCAACAUGUUUCUGUACUGAAAGAAAACUCCUUGCCAAAACUAAAAUUAUCUGAAGAAAGUGUCAUUACUUCACCGUCAAACUCCAACGCAAGCUUUCCAGGAAUGACAGCAGGAAACGGGCUUUCCGAAAUGCCAGCUGGAUCAAAGGAUCAUGGGAAUGUCCCCAUCAUUGUACCAUUGAUCCCACCUCCAAUACUGAAACCGCCAACGGAUGAUGAAAUGAUAAAUGUGCAAAUAGUCUGUGCUUGGUGCCAGAAGCUGGGAAUUAAGCGUUAUUCCCUCAGCAUGGGGAGCGAGGUGAAAUGUUUCUGCAGUGAGAAGUGUUUUGCAGCUUGCAGACGGGCUUAUUUCAAGCGUAACAAGAGUAUACCAUUUACUGCGGAAGGUUGGCCGUUUGAAAGUAGUCCUGCAUCUCAUCGUGUUCAACAGCCCAAGAAUCGAGGAUCCCCCACCAGCGCCCGACAGACUCCGCAUGGAACAGAGGUUGAACUUGGGAGCGUUCUGGAUAGAAUAAAAGACACAACAGUAUGUGACUGGUGCAAGCACAUUCGACACACAAAAGAGUACCUAGACUUUGGAGAUGGAGAACGACGGCUACAAUUCUGCAGUGCAAAAUGCCUCAAUCAGUACAAAAUGGACAUAUUUUACAAAGAGACCCAAGCCAACCUUCCUGCUGGGUUGUGUAAUGCUGGGCAUCCACCAGUGGAAAAUAAAUCUGAUAACCCAGGCGUGCAACUACUGACUCCAGAGUCUUGGAACAUGCCACUGUCAGAUGCUCGGAGAAAGGCCCCAUCUCCUGUGGCACCUUCCUCGCAGACUCAAGUCCCCAUCCAUUCUGCAUCAGCUACUCUGUCCCCAUCCGAUCCUGCCAGUAGUUCUACUGCCAAAAUUCACACCCCCAUAUCGAAGGCAGUGGCUGCUAAUGAAAGUUCCAAUAUUGCACCAAUGCAGCUUCAACAGCCAGCCAAUAUAGUGCCUCCAGUGGGUGUCCCUCCAGGUAAUCCCUCUAUGGUCAUGACAAACCGAGGUCCUGUGCCUCUGCCAAUAUUCAUGGAGCAGCAGAUGAUGCAUCAGAUUCGCCCAUCAUUUAUCCGAGGACCUCACACUCCAAGCCCUAACAGCCCUCUGUCGAACCACAUGAUUUCAGGGCUUGGUCCUCCAACAGGGGGUUCCCGAACUAUAGGUCCUAAUUCCAGCCCCAUGCACAGGCCGAUGCUCUCGCCACAUCUUCAUCAUCCAUCUACACCCACAGUGCCAGGAAACCAUCAAGGGUUACUCCCCUCAGGAGCACCCCUGCCAAAUGUUUCCUUUCCACACAUAAACAUGAUGCCAAAUGGCCACAUGCAUAUCCCACACCUUUUAAACUUUGGGGUGCCAUCACUUGCCCCUUUGGUCCCCCCUCCGACGCUCCUGGUCCCCUAUCCUGUAAUCGUUCCACUGCCUGUGCCGAUUCCGAUCCCCAUUCCAAUUCCACACACCGUUGACUCCAAAUCCACCAAUGGUAUUUCCAGCAAUGCUGAGAGUCUCAUUCCAAGCACUUCGAAUGAUGAAGAUGACACAAAAGAGCCAAGUAGUUCAUUGACAUCAGAUCACAUGCAGCCGAGGCCUUCCAAGUCCAGUAAAGCCUCAGCUAACUGCUCAAGCCAUUCUUUGAACCAGCCAGCCAUACUUCUCGACACCAGCAGGAGUGAGGUUGUCGAUCUAACGGUCAAGCCUAAUGGUCCAAUUAAAAGUGAUUUUUCUUAUGCUGACAUGGUAGACUUUCCGCAAGAUGGAGUCAUAGACUUGACCAUGAGCCAUAGAAGCAGACUUAAUCACAUCGGUCAUAGGCCUUUGCAUCCUUCUGUGAAACUUGAGAAUGAAGGCAGAAGUGUUGUAGAUUUGACUGUUUCUAGUCCAGAUAAACGGAACUGUCUUGACUGUAGGGAUUUUCCUGAUUUGAACCCUAUUGAAUCAAAGGUGUUAUCAUGUAGUGAUUCCUCCCACUGCAGCACUAUCCAGCUAAAUUCAGGAGGUGACUCUGAUUUAACACCUUGUAAUCUGGUUGUGAAUGGCACAAAAAACGUGGAUGGUUCCCACUGCUCAGAAGAAAGACCAGACCAGCAGCAGCUACAACCACAACAGCAGCAGCAGCAGCAGCAGCAGCAAGAACAACAACAGGAGGAGAUCGCUGUCAACGAGCUGGAGUCAGUCAAAGAAAACAACUGCACACCAAACUGUCAACUGGAGUUAGAGGCAGGAAUCUCGGUUGACAAUCCGCUGAGCAGCCUGGAGAAAUGGAGCAGUGCAGUCAACUUCCCGUCCACCAAGACGCCGGCAGCCAGCAGCUCCCCAGACAGCAGCCGCCCGGACCGGCAGGGGGCGAGCAGCCAGGUGACCUCCCACCGCAAGCGGCACUACUUCCAGUGUUCAGAGCUGAAAGAAACCAUCUGGAACAACUCCGUCUAGGAGAGAACUGACUCCAGAGUCUCCUCCACGUCCCACUAGUGGGUCCACAGCAGCAUCUUCAGCCAUCAGAACAGAAACGUUUGGCAUUCCUACUUCUACCCUAUCCCAGCUUUAGGCUCUUGUGACCUCUCCCUGCACCUAUGGCCCUACAGGCAAUUUAACUUGCUCACUUAGAGUCACCUGCUUUUGUUUCUUAAGUUUCUCCUCCCUCCCCUUAAAAAAAAUACUCUUUCUCUCAAAGGAUGCACGGACCAAUUUUAGGUGUGUUUUGUUUUUCCUUUGAGUGAGUAUUAGUUAAUUAAACUUUUAUUUUCCCUCCCAUGACUGACCUGGGAUAAGAACCAGUAGCUGUGUGUGAGUGUGAGGUGCUGAGCUUACCUCCUGAUCAGCGGCUUGAUCCCCGUUCAGGGAGGAGAACAAGGCACUUUUUUAAAAAAAAAUUGUUUUAAUCGAACCGUUGUCAAAUUGACUAACUUUGUCUUCUCCAAGCUAGAUGCAGGCGCCCCGGUCAGUGUUAGUAGCCGCCUUCCUUUCACACGUCUUUGUUGCUGCUUUCUGCAGCUUUUUUUGUUCUCUCUCCCCACCCCACCCAAAGAAACCUUUCUCUCUGUGUUAAAUGCUCAGUAAUGGUCCUUCAUUUCCAUGUUGUUUGAUUAUAGGAAAGCUGCACUGUUUUUUUUCCUCUGAUAUGUAUUGUGGCUGUUCAGUACUUUGCCAAAGGAAAGCUGAGCUGUUCUGUUCAGUAUACUCUGAGCGUCGUGUUUAGACUUUUUUUUCAGUCUCCUUUCCCCUUCAGGGAGCACAGGAGGAUUAAGAUUCGCCCCCUGAAAGGGGAAAUGUCAUCGCAGAGGAGGACCAAUUGGUAGGCCUCAAGUGAAAUCUCAAAUCCCGAGGAUUCUUGCAGUGUUAGAGGAAGUUGGUGAGAGACAGAUUUACCCCCUUGCCAUCCAAUUUUCCGCCCCCCUCCCCAUGCACACAGCCCCUGUACGAAGAACAGCGUGGCAAAAGGACAAAGUAACUGCAAAAGUAGAGUGAGAAUGAGCGCAUCGUAUUAUUUUGUCGUUAUUGUUAUUCCUCCGUUUGCUUUCUCCUGUCUUGAGUUCAAAAGAGAAAUGUGCAAUUGAAUCCGCGGAUGCUGGUGGAGGAAACAGGGUAGGAUAUAUUUGUCUGCACUACAGUAGGCCCAGCCCGGAGUGCACAGUGCAGCCCACAGGACCUGGUGCGGGCUUGCCCUGAAAGACUAUGGGUGUCUUGAUGUAGGUGUCUCAUUUUGCAUGGUGACUUAUGUUGUGCAAUCAAACAGUUUGUUUCGAUGUUUCAUGUAAUUUUUUUUUAAAAAGUCAGAUAAAUAUUACCAUAUCAACUUUUUUUUUGUUUAAUUGUAGUCAUCUACAGCGGUAUGGCAUCUUUACAGCUCCCCCACUUCCACCCCUUGCGGUCUAGUUAAGCCAGUAAUGUUCACACGAGCUGGAAUUGCAAAGCACUGCAGGCACUUUAGUGUCUGGAUCUCAUAGAGUCGUUGCAUACUGUGCAGCAAAGAGCAGGCACAGCCUCUCAUUCUGUUCCCUGGCAGAAAUGCCAUUUUCUGCACCACUUGAGACCAGAGCAAACAUGAUUUGGGGAGGGGAAGGGGCGAUGUAAUGAGUUCUGUAAGUAAAUAUUGAUCCUUUCAAUAAGUUUUGUUUUAUGGAUGUAUAAUUCACUUGUUUUAAUCUUUUUGAAUCUAAUUGUUACAUGUUUAUCCAUCUCUCUCUUUUUCUCUUUAUUUUCCCUAAACACCAAUCCAGGUUUUAUUUUUCCUGGUGUAACUUUUCAGAAAUAUUAGAGCUGCCUAGCAACUGGUUGCAGCCUGCUGAUGUAUGGGAUCGGGUGACAGAAAGUUUCAAGGGAAAAAAAAGCAAAGCCGAGUUGCUAGCUACUUUUUCCCCCGCCCCAAAUUCUCCCCCACGUUUCUCCCAGACGUUUUGCUUCAGACUGCAGAGAGAGGCUGGUGGCUUUCGGCCCUGCCCAGAAAUAUCACAGGUCCCACAGAUUCCCGAAAAAAUUAGAAAGCAUUUUUUUUUCUCUCUCUCUCAGUUCUGAAUGGUAAACGUGAAGUCCGCCUCCAGAUUGGAAAUUGUUGAGUCACAGAUUUGAUGCUGAAAUAUGAAGCUGGUGGCGGAGUGUCUGGGAGGAGCUGUAUAAAGUAUGUAGGCCCGGAGAGGGAGAUUACAUGUCUGAGCAACGAAUUGUUUUCUCCAUUUCACCCGACGUGGCUUAUUUUCAGGAAUAAACACCACUCCCUGGUCUCUCGGCCUUAUGAGGUUAGGGUUUACAACUGUUUUAUUGGUUCCCACCCCUUUCCUUCAUCUCCUUUCUCUUUAUUGCUCAGUCCCUAAGAUGCCCAUACUCAAACAAAGACCCAGAAUAUAGCUACUUUUUACUUUAUUCGUGUAUGGAUUUAUGAACAUUGUCCAGCAUUUAUUGCCCAUCCAUAACUGCCCAAAAGGACAGUUAAGAAUUAAUCGCAUUGCUGUGAGUCUGGAGUCACCUGUAGCCAGACCAGAUGACGAUGUCAGAUUUCCUUCCCUAAAGGCCAUUAGUAAAAACUCAUCUGGUUCACAAUGGUUGACAGUGCUGCCAUGGGGGUUUCAAGUCUGUGCUGUCAGAACAUUAGCCUGGGGUUCUGCAUUACAUGUCCAGUGAUAAUGCCAGUAACUCAAGCAACAUCUCCCCUAUGAGCUCAUUGAAGGCUGGUGAAUGAGACUCAAGUACCAAUUCUGGACACACACACCAGUAACUAGUUUGCAAACUAUAGCCAAAAACAAAAGAUUUUGAAGGAAAGGACCUCCCUGAUGGCAUGUGGCUGUUUUAAAAGAAUUGAAGUGACCACAAGGCUCUGGCUGCAUUGUAACACUAUAUCACUCUGAGACUUGCAUUGAGCAUUUCCCUGCAGGGUUCCCUCUGCUCAGUAAGCAUGUCUGCCUUUGGUGCCUGAUUGGCAAAGACUUCAGCAGAAUCUCUGAUCUUGCAAUUGCUGCCAACUUUAUACCAACUACUCAUAAGAAACCCCUCCCAAAGAAAUGCCUGUCCUUGAAUUCAGGUCAAUGGGAUGGAAAUCCAUGCCUGUGAGAGAUUGCAGGUUGGUGUGGAAACCAAGUUUGUGUCUCAGAUUGAUGAAGAAGAAGCUUUACUCUGUCAAACUGUUUGUAUCUGACCAGGGGAUUGCUUGAUUAGACUGCCUAACAUUAAACCCAUCUAAAACUAUAAGUAUUAAACAUACAUGGUUAUUCUUGCUCUAAUGGCAAUGGGAGAAUUAGGUUUAUCUGCAUUUAUUUUCUAAAUUUGAUUUCAGCCAGGCUGCAAUAUAAAUUUCCCUCCCUUUCCAACCCACCCCUACAAAGUUGAAUUGCUUUAUGUUGCUUCCUGCAGGAUCGUGCAAAUACCAGGGAUGCUCUUUGCUUAGUCACUGUACUGUCUCAAUUUCCUUGCUUUUGUUACAUACACAACUGUA